GAAAGCUGCUCAGGUGCCGCUUUGCUCGACUCACCCGGCAGCAAUCCCAGGUCCAUACCCCUCUUCUGGCUGUUGCCCUUUUCUACCCCUCUCGUCCCCUUCUUCUCUUCUCACCCUUCUUUCCUCUUUUCCUCACUCACACUGAGCUCACAAUUGUCAACACAACAUACACGCUGUAGCCUUUGGAUACAGAAGAACACCUGCUUACACAACCCUCUUUGGUAGUCGUCCUCAGCAGGUACUGUCUCCCCAUGAAACAAGACCCUAUCCGGGCUAGCCGCACCAGAGGAUCCGCGUGAGCUGACACGAGCCAUCUAGAGAACUACCAAUCUUAUUGUCCCAAUCAUUACUAGGAGAUAUCCCUAGCAAAACUCACCAAUUCCCACCAUGUCAGAGCCACUGUCCAAGGUCGACUCCGCCGUCGACGGUCUCGAGCCCCUGCAGAAGAUUGGCUCUGCCGGCGGUGAUAAGAAGAACCGCCGCCAAAGCUCCGUCGUGGCUGGUGUCGCCAGCAUCAAGGAACUAUGGGAGAACAAGACGCCACUGCAAAUAGCCCCCGAAACACAAAAGACAGGCUGGUAUAUCAACACGUCGUCCAUGACGGUAGAGGAGAAGGACAUAUUAAAGAAGCCUCUCGUCACACCUAUCGUGCGGGCCAUUGACCUGCACUUUGCCCUGGGCUCGCACGUGACCGCGCGGAACCGGACGGGCGUCACAAUCAAGGACGCCAUGGACGCCAUCCACAAGGUCAACAAGAAGAGGGCCGACGACGAGAUGGACAAGCCCUACCUGGAAGGCUUCGAGUGGAUGCCCUCGCACCACGAGUACUCGGAGCAGGAGCAAGACCAGAAGGAGGCCGACUGGCAGCGGCUCUACGUGCACCUGACCUCGACGCCCACCAUCUCCAACGUCGGCGGCGGCAAGAAGAAGAAGAACAAGGGCGGCGAGUAG